AUGUUUCAGGAUACGGAAGAUCUGGGUAUGUCUGCGAGGCUUUCUAGAGUGACAGUGGACGAGAGCAGUUCGUCCAUGACGAUGGAGGAUGAGGGCCCAACGACGAGACGUAAAAGGACUCGCAGUUGCACUUCAGAAUCAUCAGACCAGAGUGUAAGUGACGAGACGCUAGAGCCGGUUAGAAAUAAUAUGAUAAGAAUCGGCUAUGGAAAUGCCAAAGUCCCAGUGAAAAAAUACACGUCCAUAAAGUGGGAUUCCUAUACAAUGGCUACCAGGAAACUAUUGACAGCCUUAUUUCCUCGCCACAUUCUGGCAACUCAUUCUCUUACUGGAAAACGGUCACCAGCGUUCCCUAAUAGACCGGCCAAAGAGAAAUUGGACCCCAAACUUGUCAACGAUAUAGUAAAAACUGUCGCGGAAAAGUGCGGUGUAGCCGAAAAUAUUGUGAGAACGGCUAUCACCAACAAAUGCGCCGAUGAGGGUAAAAUGAUGCGUCAGCGGAAAAAGAAUAAAAUAGGAGAUGAUGAAGAAUAG